GCUCCGUGUCGCUGUCGGGGUUAACAGAGUCUGCCGCUCACUUCCUCUCCCUCAGCCCUCCCCUCCCCGUUGCAUCAGGUGCUGUUCCCCGCACGGGAAGUGCUGUUCUGCGCUGCUGGUUCAGGGGCCGCCGUAGUCACCGCCGCCGUCUGCCGAACACAGGCUGAACCAUGGGGAAAGGCUGCAUUAAAGCCACCAAGUACUUCCUCUUCCUCUUCAACCUGCUCUUCUUUAUUCUGGGCGCCGUCAUCCUGGGCUUUGGGUUGUGGAUCCUCCUCGACUACACCAGCUUCCUCGCUGUCCUGCAGUCGUCUUCGUCAGCGCUGAGGGUGGGCUCCUACAUCCUGCUGGGAGUGGGAUCCGUCACCAUGCUGAUGGGGUUCCUCGGCUGCCUCGGUGCCGUCAACGAGGUCAAGUGUCUCCUGGGAUUGUAUUUCACUUGCUUGCUGCUGAUCCUGAUUGCACAGAUCACGGCCGGAGUCCUGAUCUACCUCCAGAGGGACGGGCUCAAGGCUGAAAUAGCUGAAGCGAUUCAUCACUUGAUCGUGAACUACGACUCUCCAGAGAGCCAGGAGAAAAGCUUUGGGGCCACGUGGGACUACAUCCAGAGGACGAUGAAGUGCUGUGGCUGGAAAGGUCCUUCCAACUGGACGGACAACCUGAUUAUAAAGAACAGCUCGGUGCUGCUCUACCCCUGCUCCUGCCACCAGAGGAGGGAGAACGACACCAUGCCUGAGACUGGCUUCUGUGAGGGGGUGGCCCCGUAUAGCAGUGGCUGUGUUGCCAGUGUGGAGACGUGGCUGUACAGUAACCUCGGCCUCAUCUUUGGCGUGUGCAUUGGAGUGGCUGUGAUCGAGGUGCUGGGGAUGGUUUUAUCGAUGUGUCUGUGUAAGAAUGUGGAGCAAGAGGACUAUAGCAAGGUGCCGCGGUUCUGAGGUAUACCAGGUACUCGGGAACUCUGCCGUGGCUCACCUAGUGUGUACGACAAAUCAGUGACUAACCAACACACACAGGAUUUGAUUGUUCAGCCUUUGUAUUUGCUUCACUGCUUGUUAACUUUAGCUUGUAUACUUCAGCACUUUAGUACUAUCAUUAAAACUGUUGAUCAGUGUCUAUUUUGUAAAGAUAAUGUUUUCUACUUUAGAGAACUUUUAGCAUGGUAUGUUUGUAAGGGAACAAUAGUUAUAAAGAUUCAAGCAUGCAUGUGAUCAUUAUUACCAAGUCUCUAUAUUAAACGUUGGGGCAGGAAUGAUGGAAUGUGCCUUUGUCCGAGCUUCCAGUUGUGUGGAACCGAUGUUCUCGCUCUCUCCUGCAGCCUACAGAAGGCUCGGCAAAUCGCACCUGUAAAUCUUCAAAGUUUUCUACCAGUUUUUUUUAUAAUGCAUCUUGAAUCAUUUGUCUAAAACCUGUCCAGGAGUUUUCAUUGUCUGUCAUCCAGCCUCAAUAAAUACAUUUGAGAAAACAA